CUUCCCAAUUCAUGGAGGACAUGCAGCGGCGGUCCAAUUUCAAUGCGAACGAGCUCGAACGACUGAAGAAGCGAUUCAUGAAGCUCGACAGUGAUGGUUCCGGCUCGAUAGACCGGGAAGAGUUCCUUCAAAUACCACAAAUUGCCAACAACCCGCUUGCGUCACGAUUGAUCGCUAUAUUCGAUGAGGAUGGAGGUGGUACAGUUGACUUUCAGGAGUUCGUUGGCGGGCUGAGUGCAUUCAGCAGCAGAGGGGGACGGGAAGAGAAGCUAAGAUUCGCGUUCAAGGUUUAUGAUAUGGAUCGAGACGGUUAUAUCUCGAAUGGAGAGUUGUUCCUCGUGCUGAAGAUGAUGGUGGGCAAUAACCUGAAAGAUGGCCAGCUGCAGCAGAUUGUGGACAAGACCAUCAUGGAAGCGGAUAAGGACGGAGACGGCCGAUUAAGCUUCGAAGAGUUUGUGCAGAUGGUGUCGAAUACAGACAUUGUAAAGCAAAUGACACUAGAAGAUCUCUUCUGAUUCCCUCUCUCCUCGUGUGUUUAUGCGUUCUCUCUGUGUUCCCGCGAAUAUCCCGGAUUCUCUCUCAGCAUCACCACAGUCGUCUACGUUAUCGCUCCCUCGUUGCGCGCAAAUGCCUGUCAGCUCCACCCUGCCUAUUCAUACGCCCGCAUGCAUGUCCACGCCCGCUCUUACUCUCCUCACGUUUUCCAUACGAUAUAGUCUGUAGCCUCGUAGUCUAUUCAACGAACCCUCUGGCAUUAGUGAAAUAGCGAAUGUUCAACGUAACGAUCGUCUGAUGCGCGGAUCUUGCUGCCGCUGAUCCCGCAUCUUCACCGCCAAUGUGGUAUCUCACUUUCAUCGAUACAGCACGACUCUCGGACUCCUCGACUAGGAUGCAGCGAUCAACCGCCUCCAAGAUCUACUUGCAUAAGGCAGACAUGAAGUGACUAAAGGAUCGAGAGGUUGCCAAACUUCUCCUUAUAG